AUGUUGACGAACGCAAGUAAAAAAGCUUUUUUCUUACCAUCAGCAUUGAGUGCAGAAUUUAUUUCAUUGCUCAAGAAUACAAAGAAAGAGGUGGUUUUGUUUCUUGACUACGAUGGAACCUUGACUCCGAUCGUGGAUCGACCCGAGAAAGCCAUUCUUUCCAAUGAAGCAAGAGAAGUCAUGAAUCAUUUGUCAAAUUAUUUCCGAAUAGCUGUUGUGUCGGGAAGAACACGAGCAGAUGUUAUGGAUCGUGUGGGUCUUCCACAUCUCUUUUAUGCUGGUUCUCAUGGAUUCGAUAUUUCUGGUCCAGUGAAACAUAUUCGUCAUGACCGUGCAGGUUUGGUCGUACAAACACUUCUCACUCAAGAUUGCUCCUCGCAGUGGACCACACAAAAGCGUGACGAUGGAACCGAUAUUGUAACCUUUCAGGUGGCCAAAGAAUGUAUUCCCGUUUUAAGAAGAAUCUAUGAAACACUUAAAGAAAGUCUUUCAGGUAUUGAGGGAUGUAUUUUGGAAAAUAAUAUAUUUUCUCUUUCUGUCCACUACAGAUUGAUUAAAGACGAGAAGAAUGUACAAAGAGUGAGUGAAAUUGUGGAACAAGUUUGUAAGGAUGAAACACAAGUUGUUCACACUCACGGUAAAAUGGUUCAUGAAAUUAGAAUCAACACCGAUUGGAACAAGGGAAAAGCAGUUCAAUUUCUUCUUAAUUUUUGGAAUCUGGGAACGAGUGACAAGGUGUUUUCAAUCUUUAUCGGCGAUGACAAGACCGACGAAGAUGCAUUCAAACUCUUGAAAGAUCAUGAUUUGGGAGUUGGAAUACUUGUCUCACCAACCAAUGUCGAAAGAUUUGAUGCAGUACUGUCUCAAGAUGAUAGUGCAAGUUUACCAAGUGUGCCAGGAGACGGCACCAUAGCAGCAGCUCCAAAUGCAAAUCCUCAAUUCCUUACCUAUGCCGAUUAUCACUUAAAGGAUCCAAAAAUGGUGGUUGAAUUUCUUCAAACACUGUUAAAGGAAUGGAGAGAAUAG